AACACAUCAAAGACAGUAAAACAAAACCUUUCAAUUUUCUUAAAUUAGCAGUCUAAUGUGUUCUAAAGAGCAGCUCCCCUCAGAUCUCAUCUGAGGGGUUGAAUUUCAUCACAAUAUAAAAUAGGCAAAUCCAUCACUUUCCUCUGCUCAGUGCUCUUGAAUUGAAAUUGAAGGGAAAUGAGAAGCUGUUCAUUUGGGUUCCUGGGCUCUGCCGCGUGCACAGCAGCUGCAGUUUAGACUCAAGUGUCCUGCUGAACAGGGUCAACAAGUGCUGAGGAGGCUACAAAGAGGCUGGGGCUGGCGUCACCUUCUGUUGCUAAGGUUUCCGAGUGACUGUUUUCUUUCAAAACUCUGUGCUUUGAACAUUAAGGAUGGAUUAUCCCAAAAUGGAUUAUUUUCUGGAUGUCGAGUCUGCUCAUAGACUCUUGGAUGUUGAGUCGGCUCAAAGAUUCUUCUACAGUCAAGGAGCUCAAGCUCGCCGGGCGACCCUGCUCCUGCCUCCCACGUUAAUGGCGGCAUCUUCCGAGGACGAUAUUGACCGGCGGCCCAUCCGGAGAGUCCGCUCCAAGAGCGACACGCCGUACCUCGCCGAGGCCAGGAUCUCCUUCAACCUCGGGGCAGCUGAGGAAGUGGAGAGGCUGGCAGCGAUGCGUUCCGACUCCCUCGUCCCAGGCACCCACACCCCACCCAUCCGGAGGAGAAGUAAGUUUGCCAACCUAGGGAGAAUUUUCAAGCCUUGGAAAUGGAGGAAGAAGAAAAGUGAAAAGUUCAAACAUACAUCUGCAGCCCUGGAGAGGAAAAUAUCAAUGAGGCAAAGCAGGGAGGAGCUGAUAAAGCGGGGAGUCUUGAAGGAAAUCUAUGAUAAAGAUGGGGAUCUCUCCAUCUCCAAUGACGACGACUCCUUGGAAAACGGGCCAUCCCUGAGCUCCAGCCAGCUGUCUCUGCCUGCCCUAUCCGAAAUGGAACCGGUCCCCAUGCCCAGGGAUCCCUGCUCGUAUGAGGUGCUCCAGCCUUCAGACAUCAUGGAUGGGACAGUGUCUGAAGACAGUCCCUCUGCCAGUGACUCUGGACUCCUGCCCCAAGAUCCUUCCGCCAAACCAGUCCUGCUACUGCCCCCCAAAAAACCUGCUGCUUUCUCUGGAGACCAUGAAGAGACCCCAGUGAAGCAGCUGCCCCUUCUCAAGCAGCCCCCCGCCCUGCUUCCCAAACCCACUGCCAGGAUUGCCAACCACUUAACAGAUCCUGGCGCCCCCGUGAAAUUGCCUUGCCUGCCAGUGAAACUGUCGCCUCCGCUACCUCCAAAGAAAGUCAUGAUCUGUAUGCCUGUCGGGGGGCCGGACCUCUCCCUGGCGUCCUACGCGGCCCAGAAGAGUGGACAGCAGGGCCACCACCACACGGUCCUGCCCUCCCAGAUCCAGCACCAGCUGCAGUACGGCAGCCUCGGCCAGCACCUCCCCGCCACCACCGGCUCCCUUCCCAUGCAUCCGUCCAGCUGCAGGAUGAUAGAUGAGCUCAACAAGACGCUGGUCAUGACCAUGCAGAGGCUGGAAAGCUCUGAGCAGCGGGUCCCAAUUACCCCUUCCUACCACAGCUCUGCUUUGCACUCGGGUGAUGGGGUCACAAAAGCAGGACCUCUGGGCCUUCCGGAAAUAAGACAAGUGCCAACUGUUGUGAUUGAAUGUGAUGACAAUAAAGAAAACGUGCCUCAUGAGUCCGACUACGAAGACUCUUCUUGCCUCUACACAAGAGCAGAGGAAGAGGAGGAGGAAGAGGAUGAGGACGACGACAGCAACUUGUAUACCAGCUCCCUGGCCAUGAAGGUGUGCAGGAAGGACUCCUUAGCCAUCAAACUCAGCAACAGGCCCUCCAAGAGAGAGCUGGAAGAGAAGAACAUCCUUCCCCGGCAGACAGAUGAAGAGAGGCUGGAGCUGAGGCAGCAGAUUGGCACCAAGCUCACCAGGCGCCUGAGCCAGAGGCCGACUGCAGAGGAAUUGGAGCAGAGGAACAUUUUGAAACCUCGGAAUGAACAAGAGGAACAAGAGGAGAAAAGAGAGAUCAAGAGAAGGCUAACUCGAAAGCUCAGCCAAAGGCCCACAGUGGAAGAACUUCGGGAAAGGAAGAUCCUCAUUCGCUUCAGCGAUUAUGUGGAGGUGGCUGACGCUCAGGACUAUGACCGCAGGGCCGACAAGCCGUGGACCCGCCUCACUGCUGCAGACAAAGCUGCCAUUCGAAAGGAGCUCAAUGAAUUUAAAAGCACUGAAAUGGAAGUUCAUGAAUUGAGUAGACAUCUAACAAGGUUUCACCGACCUUAAGAGUUGAAUUCCUCUUGAGUGCUAUGUUGUCUUCAAAACAUAAAUUUAUAAGAACCAUAAGUGCUGGUAUUUAUUCACUCCCCCCAUUAUGAUGUAAAUCUUCUGAACUGCCUUUUUUUAAAAAAAAAAGAAAAGAAAA